AUUGGUGGCUCAGAAGUGGUUCCUAAUUCCAUUCCAUACCAGGUUUCGUUGCAACUGUCCAACUUUGGGAACGCCCAUUAUUGCGGUGCUUCCUUGAUUGACGAGAAUACCUUGCUCACUGCCGCUCAUUGUUGCGACGGCGUCUAUCCCGAAGAUCUGUUGGUUUCUCUUGGGGAUCAUAACCUGUUUGUGGAUGAAGGUACCGAACAGAAAAUGGGAGUGUCCGAUAUCAAAAUCCACCCCGAGUAUGACCACUUGACCAUUUCCAAUGACAUUUGUCUUCUGAUUUUGUCUGUCCCUGCGGAGCUGAAUGAGUUUAUCCAAGCGGUCGAAUUACCAGAACCCGGACAGACCUACGCUCCCGGAACAAUGGGCACGAUUUCUGGUUGGGGUUACCAAACGGAUGAAGGACCUGCUUCCGAUGUCCUUUUUUCCGUGUCGGUCCCGAUCCUCUCUGACGAAGCUUGCGGUGAUAUUUACGGAGCCGAAAACGUACUCGAAUCCAUGAUUUGUGCAGGUGGCAAUGGACAAAACUCCUGUCAAGGGGACGCCGGAGGUCCCAUGACUUGUGAGGACCAACGUCAAUGUGGCAUUGUCUCUUGGGGAUACGGAUGCGCCUUGGGGUACCCAGGAGUGAACACAGAGGUUUCCUACUUCAUAGAUUGGAUCAAUGCUAAUAAGAAAUAGUUCCAUAAUAAAAGCGAAUGUUGCAAUGAGGCAAGAAAA